AUGCCCUCCCUCACACUGACCGACCCGGACAUGAUCCUGCCCUUCGGCGGCAGCGAGCGCGAAUCCUCGACUCCCUCCCCGCCCUCGCAGCUGGUGUAUCUCUCCGAUCUGAACGCUCGAUACAAUCCCAAUGACCCCCACACGAGUUCUGGCGCUGCCAGCGCAGGGAUCACGAACACUCGUCCGAAAAAGAACUUUUCCCGCAAUUGGAGCCACGAGGACAUUGGUGUCGCCAAUACUCGUCGAUUGUCGGAUAUCGGAGAAGAGCUGUCACCCACGCGAGCGGAGGAAUUCGACAAACAGCCCAAACAAAGCCAAUCAGCUCCGCAGAGCUCGGCUAAUUCGCAGACCCAAUUGGCACCCAUCGACACGGAGCAACAGUCUGCAUUGAGUCCUUCCAGUCCUUUGGCGAGUGCGGGGAGCGAACAAACGGCAAGCGGAAUUGCCUCGCCGAAACUCAGCCACUCGAUCUCGGCGUCGCCGAUCCUCGCUGGGAGUAGAAAUGAAUCGCCGAGCCAGAAUGAGAUGAUGCAGGCCGCUCUCCCAGCAGGUAAUGCUAUUGCCUCGGCCGCAGUGACGGGUAAAGGUCCUGGAGAUGACUUUGCGUCCGCGAUCUUGAGCAGCGAAGCUGAGCGGAUCCUUGACAACGCAAAGAAGCGACUGACGCUCAUGGAAGGCAACCUGAAUCGAGCUCGGUCGACUGUGCGCUUGACACCCUCCCCGUCACCUUCGUCUCCUGGGUACAUUCGGCCUAUCAACCCAAAUCAGCCAGUGGGUAAAUUAUACAGAACGUUUUCCCGAUCUGAUCGCCGAGGCUCUGCGCUUCGACGGCAGUCUUUUGUUCCCUCGCAAGACGCCUUGAACAGCCGACACUCACGGGUACAAAGUGACACGAACUUCCCAGAUGAAGCCAGCUUAACACCUGAUGCGAAGCGAUUAUCACGUUCCGUGAGCGCGAUGGGCGUCAGCACAUCUUCACACUUCCAUGACGACCGCUCGUUCCACUACGAGCCCAAUCGUGCUUACCUUACACACCGAGCGUCUAAUUCGUCUAUGUCUAUGCAUCGUCCUUAUGUGGAAUUGCCAGCGCCAGCCCAAUCCCCACAGCCGGACCAAUUACCCCAAAUUGCGCAAUCAUCCAAUUCAAACGAAGAAUCCUCCUCGGAAUCGCCAAGGGGGCUUGGAAUCUCGACAGAAAGCGAGUCGAAAUCAAGCUCUAGCCCGGUUACCGGCUCGGGUCAACCCAGCCCGGUCUACAGCUCAUAUGGCCCUCCCAGCCGUGCUCAGUCCCAACUGCAAGUGCGGGACCUCCAGUAUCAAAUGAAGGGCCUGCACAUUAAGAUUUCUUCCCUGAAAGUGAAGAACCAAGAGGAUAAAAUGCGUCGUCGCAGUCUGCAAAGCUUGCGAACUCCUAGCCCCUUGACGGCCGCAGACCCCUGGUAUACCAAUGGCCUCGAGAUGCGAGAUGGACGAAGCAGCCGUGGCUCGAAUGCAAUUCAUUCACCUUCAGCGUAUUCUCGUGACUAUCGCAACUCUAGAGAGCUCGCUUCGACGUAUCUCAAUCCGUAUGGCAAUGAACGGAAAGAGAGCCCAGUGGACAACACGCGAGGUAGCCUCACAAAGGGCUCAUCCACCGCCUGGGAGAGCCAAGAAUCGGCGGGUUCCGAUAACCGGGGCGAGACAACAGCGAGCGCCUACGAAGAUGCCGAGCAGGGCGAUUUUGAGGAUGGCGACAUUGAUCGAGAAGCCUUGGAUGAAAUUUUGCGCGAGCCGCUCGACGAGGACCUAGAGAGCCCAAUGGAUGAUUCCCCUCUAGGAGCCCAAGAGCGCGAAGAUGCGUUCGACUACGAGCAUUUCAUCCUCCAUAGUGCUCUUGGAAACUACUCGCGCCAUGCAAGACAUGGAUCACACCAUUCGAGCGCUGCGCGCUCUCAUCAACGCCCUCGGCAUGUACGCAACGACAGCAAUAUCUCCUCCGGUACAGACGCUACAUUCGCGACUGCCACUGAAGGAGAGCAGCUACCGGAAGAAGAGGACGAGUUGAUGUACUGGGAUCGUCGUUUCAACCACGAACUGCGACACCAUCACGAUCCUGCUCACGACGAUGUCGAGAUCGAAACUGAUCGCUCUGAAACCCCCCGCGGCUACCGCGAGGACGAGAGCGGCGCCAACACGCCCGUAGAAGACCCCUCACAGGCGCACACUGCCCGCGCGGGCGUACGUGACUCGUUCAACAAUGGCUCAGCCACUCCGACAUCACUCGCCGAAUCGCUUGUCUCAACAGUGCGCGCUGCGUCGGCACCCAGCCCGCACCGGGACUCCGCGACGCCGAAUUCAGGUGGCAUCAACCACGACGACACGCAGAUGCUAGAGCAGCUCUUCCAGAGCCUCGGUAAUGUCUGCAUGGAUCUCCAAUCCAUCACGACAUCCCCAACCCCCGACCUUAAGGCUGCAAAGGUUUUGCGGCGACGACUGGAUGCGGCGCGGAGGGCUCUGGAUGGCGAGCUGGAUGCUUAG